UCCGAACAAGCAUCUGUUCUCUUUCCUUUAUACUAACUUUCUUUCCCCCUUUUUCCUUUUCAACAUUUUCUUCUGCAGAAUGGCUUCUCAGAUUGCGAGAAGACUCUUUCAAAGCCGCACUCGGUUUCUGGAUCGGAGCUUCAGUUCGGAAUCCAAUUUGAUAAGGGCUACUCUUUUCCCUGGCGAUGGUAUUGGCCCUGAGAUCGCCGAGUCCGUCAGGCAGAUAUUCAAGGUCGCUGAGGUACCAAUUGAAUGGGAAGAACACUAUGUGGGGAAGGAGAUAGACCCUAGAACCAACAGCUUUCUAACAUGGGAAAGUCUUGAAUCAGUGAGACGGAAUAAGGUUGGUUUGAAAGGGCCAAUGGCCACACCUAUUGGAAAAGGUCAUCGUUCCUUGAACCUUACAUUGAGGAAGGAGUUAAAUCUAUAUGCCAAUGUUAGACCUUGCUACAGCCUACCUGGAUACAAGACUCGCUAUGAUGAUGUGAAUCUCAUCACUAUUAGAGAAAACACUGAAGGAGAGUACAGUGGUCUUGAACAUCAAGUAGUAAGGGGUGUGGUUGAAAGUCUCAAGAUCAUCACACGUCAAGCAAGUUUAAGGGUUGCAGAGUAUGCAUUUCACUAUGCCAAGACCCAUGGAAGAGAGAGAGUGUCUGCAAUUCACAAAGCCAACAUCAUGCAAAAGACAGACGGCCUUUUUCUUAAGUGUUGCCGAGAGGUUGCGGAGAAGUACCCUGAGAUAAAGUAUGAGGAAGUUGUCAUUGACAAUUGCUGUAUGAUGCUUGUGAAAAAUCCAGCACUUUUUGAUGUUCUGGUGAUGCCUAACCUUUAUGGUGACAUAAUAAGUGAUCUAUGUGCUGGUUUGAUUGGUGGUUUGGGCUUAACUCCAAGUUGCAAUAUUGGUGAGGGAGGUAUUGCUCUUGCUGAGGCCGUGCAUGGUUCAGCACCUGAUAUUGCCGGAAAGAACUUGGCAAAUCCAACUGCUUUGCUUUUGAGUUCUGUCUCUAUGCUUCGUCAUCUAGAGCUUAAUGAUAAAGCUGAUCGCAUCCAAGAUGCCAUCCUAAAAACAAUUGCGGAGGGAAAGUACCGAACAGGUGACCUUGGAGGUACUGCAUCAACAACUGAGUUCACGAAUGCCAUCUGCGAUCAUCUUUAAACAUGUUGGUCCAUGUGUAUAUUUUAUUUUGCAACGGGUUCAACAAAAAGUAAGUUUCUUUCAGAGGUGCAGUUGAAAUUGAUUUUAUUGCUUUUGGUGACGCAAACUAGAUUUCCUUGGCUUUUAUAAAAAUUUGCAUAAUGGGAAUGUCAGAAUUCAUUCUCAAAGGAUAUCUUUCAUUGAAUAGCAUCCACCACCAGUAAUGGCUGGCUGUCAUGUUAAUUUGCAAGGAAUAAGAGUUUCAUCUUAUAGUGUU